CGCCGCGCAUCCAGCCCGCGUGCUCACCCCCGGUCGUUGUCCCUGUUCGCCCCUUGGUGUGCUGGCGCUACCUUGACCAUCGUAAAGGCACCGGGACCCACCGUGUACCUCCCAGCCUCCAAACCAGCCUCCGAGUCCUCACUUUUCCCCUCGACACUUCGACACCGCGGCCCACACCCCGCACAGGCACUCUGUCUGCACGCAGGCCCCGCUCCGCCCCAUCCCCCUGCCCACCCUUGCACCCUGCCUGCAUUGCGCUCGUCAAACUCCAUCCCACAUGACCCGGAUCGAGGCCCCGGCGUCUGGCGGCAUUGACGCCGGCGCCCUGGCAUGCGCCCUGCUGGCCCCCCUGCCGGCGGUGCUUCACUCGUCGGCCCUGCAGUUUGCGCGCCUGCUGGAGCAGUAUCGUCGCAAUGGAACCCGGGCGCCUCCCCUGGACGAGGUCGCCCUGGUGGACCUCCUCCAGCGGGCUCCUGCCGCGUUGGAGCGCGUUCCGGGCUGGCUGCGCGACCUUCGCGAUCGGCGGCCGGAGCAACUGCUCCAAAUUCGGCAACACCUGCAGGCGGCCCUGCAGCCGCUGCACGGCGCCGUCAGCAGUAGCUCUCAGCUGCUCCUGCGCUUCCUUGUGCAGGACGCCCCGGAGGUGCUGGUCCUCGGGGCCCUGCUCGGAGUGCAUGCCCUGUCCCACACGGACACCCUGGCCCUGGCAGGGCAGCUGGCCCGGCGGACCGGGGCCGCACCGAUCACCCCGACCGACUCCCCGAGCCUGGCCCCAGCCCCGGCCUUGGGCUUGGCAUCUGGCGAGCUUGGUCGCGUGUCCUCCCUGCCGGACCUGGCCUCGCUGCGGGCAUUGGCCGACCUGGAACCGAAUGCUGCUGGCGAGGCGUCGGACCCCGCUGGCGGGGCACGCUUCGCUCUCGGCGACCGGGAUUCCAGCUCGUCCGAUCUGCCUGCGAGCCUGCUCGGUGGCAUCCAGACCGAGCCUCCCUCUCCGGUGGGGUUCUUCCCCCCGGCGGCCGAUCAGGGUGCCGAUGGCCACACCUCGGCCAAGUGCUACGCCCCCACCGAGAAGCUGCCCCCCCUGUCGGACAGCGAGCCCGAGGACACCGGGUCCGGCAAGCCGGUCCUCGGCCCGGAGGACGAGGUUUAUGACCCGGAGAUGUGCGAGCGGAAUAACAUGCACAUCAAGGCCCUCGCCCGAUUGGGCUAUGUGUCCUGGUUUGUGAACAUCCUUUUCAACCAGGCGGCCAACCGCGGCAAGCAGGUCCCCAAGCUGUCCAAAAACCGCGGCUGCAACCCCCGAAUCCGGCCGCUGGCUCCCCCCCGGGCCGUGGUUCCGGAGAAUCACGUCUGCGUCAUUUGCAUCGAGGAUGUCCGCUUGACACACCUUUCGGUGCAGCUGUACUUCUGUGGCCAUGUCUUCCACUCGGGCUGCAUGGUGGACCUGCUCCAGUCGAAUCCGAUCGCCCCGUGCCCCUGCUGCCGGACGCCCCUGCACCCGAAGGAACGCCGCGUUCCACGCCUCACCCUCAAUGACUCGGAGCUUCGCACGCACAUCCGCCACAUGCAGCACCAGGCCCAACAGGCACAGCAGCAGCGCUCGCGCGCUCAAACCUGACACCGUGUAGCCAUCCUGCACACCGUGUAGCCACGCGCAUGCACGCACGCACAUAGUCCGCUGGCAUGAAUGCGCACGUGCGGAACUACGCGAAGAAAAAGCGAAAAGAUACAAAGUUGCACCCCCCCCCCCCCCUACCCUUCCCCUCCUCCAAAAUACAUAGACACACAAUAUAGACUCCCA